AUGAAAGGACUUAAUUAUUAAAGUACUUUGAGUUAUACAUUUUCAAAAUCUAAUAAAGAGAUAAAAGAAAUAUUAGAAUUUGAUGGAUUUAAAGAUUAUAAGAUAGAUGAAGAUUUAAAGAUUGUUGAAUAUACUAUUAAUCAUUCAAAUUCCAUUUAAUUAAGUUUAUUACUUUAUUUACAAGUAAUCAUAUAAAUAAUAAAUAGGAAAUCAAAUUUCUAUAAUUGACUAUGGCAUAAUAAAUUUAAUUAUGUUUAGAUAUUUAUAACAAAUACAAAUAGUUAGAAUAAUAAAAUAUUUAACAUAAUUAUUUAACUUCUGAUAGAAUUUGGUUAAAUAUAUCAAAUAAAUAACAUUAAAUAACAAUAUUACCAAAUAUAUUAUAUUAUACUAUACAUUUUGUUGGUUAUGAUUGUCCAUUUUAUGAAAGAGAUAAUUAUUUGAACUCAUAAAUUAAAGAUGAUUAAGCUAUUAAAAAUAUCAUUAUUAAUAUUUUAUAAAUUGCAAAAAAUAGAAUGAACGAUAAAAAGAAAAAAUUAGAAAAUAUUUCAACAAAAGACUAAAAUAUAAAGGAAAAACAAUAAUAAAAGAAAGAAAAACUUACAGAAAAUUAAACAAUAUUCAAAGCAUUACUUGAUGAAGGAAUUUACAAAUCAUUUGACAAGUUUAUUUUUUCAUCUUAAUUUAUCUUUGAGAAAUAUGAUAAUAUAAAUAAUAAAUAUUAAAGAUUAAAAGAAGUAGAUAAAAAUAUCACAUAAUUUAAUUUUAAAAGGAAUAAUAGAGAUAAAGAUGUUAUAAACAAUUUAGUUUAAAUUCAACAAACCUAUAAUAAUAAAUAAUUCUACGAGUUAUAAUCAAUAUUAUAUUAAAUGUUUAAAAAAAUUGCAGAUCAUUUUAGAAAUGCUACAUUCUAUGAGUAAUAAAUGUUUACAGAUACAAUUAAUUAUGAGCAUUUUCAAAAUUAAAUUGAACAUAUUGAUAAUUAAAGCAUUUAAAAAGUUAUUGAUGAUAAUAAGGAAUCAAUUAUGAAAGAUUUCAAAUUUGAAUUAGAUUUAUAAUCAAUCUAAGACGAUAUAAAUUAAUAAUUAUCUAAUAAAUUCAAAACUUUUAGAUAUUUUUUCAAUGAUUUUAAGUUUUUGAGAGAUUAAAAAUAUAUAAUGAAUUAAAUCUAAAAGCUAAAAGAAGAAGUAAUUAAAGAAGUAGUAACACAAAUAUUAUAGGAUUAUUUACAAUUAUAAAUUUUAAAAUUAGAAGAUGAUUUAAUGUGA